CACACCACACUGGACAUCAUCAUCGUUCCCGGGUCACUUCACUGCCGGGCUGUGUUUUCCUCGCGGACUCAGAGCUGAUCAAGUCGGCAUUAAUUGCGGAAUAAUUAAUUAGACGAUGACGUCAGGAGCCGCACCUGAAAAGAAAAGGGUGAGCUCCGAGAGGAGGAAGGAGCGGUCUCGGGACGCGGCCCGCUGUCGACGGGGGAAGGAGACGGAGGUGUUUUACCAGCUGGCCCGAGAACUGCCCCUUCCACACAGCGUCACAUCCAACCUGGACAAAGCCUCGGUCAUCAGACUGACCCUCAGCUACCUGCGGCUGCGCUCUCUGCUGCACACAGGAGCGCUGGGUGAGGGCUGUGAGGUGGACUCUCGGUGGAGCGUGUGUUGUCUGAAGGCUCUAGACGGGAUCCUUUUGGUUCUCUCUCAGGAUGGAGACGUGGUCUAUGUUUCGGAGAAUGUCAGCAAGUGCCUUGGACUUCCUCAGAUUGAUCUAUUGGGACAGAGUGUGUUUGAUUUCACUCACCCGUGUGACCAUGAGGAGAUCAGAGAGAUGCUGGUGCACAGAACAGGUCUGUCUAAGAAAGGAAAGGAGGAACAUCAAUCAGAGAGACGUAUUCUGUUGCGGAUGAAGUGCACUCUGACCAGCAGGGGGCGCACUGUCAACAUCAAGUCUGCCACAUGGAAGGUGCUGCACUGUUCCGGCCACAUCCGAGCGCAGGCCGAGGUGUGCGGGCGGGCAGAUGUGCAGGAGGGCACAGGUGCACAUGCGUCGUACCUGGUGUUAAAUUGCGAGCCCAUCCCUCACCCGGCCAGCAUCGAAUCUCCUCUGGACUCCAGAACUUUCCUCAGCAGACACACACUCGACAUGCGCUUCACAUACUGUGAUGACAGGGUCACAGAGCUGUUGGGAUACGACCCCAAGGAUCUUCUGCAGCGGUCAGUGUAUGAGUAUUACCACGCUCUGGACUCAGACAGUCUGACCAAAACACACCACAACUUGUUUGUGAAAGGUCAGGCGUGUACCGGGCAGUACCGAAUGCUGGUGAAGACGGGCGGCUUCGUGUGGGUGGAGACUCAGGCCACGGUGAUUUACAACAACAAAAACUCUCAGCCGCAGUGCGUCGUCUGUGUCAACUACGUCCUCAGCGGAGUUGAAGAGCCUGAACUUGUCCUCUCUGUCCACCAGUCCGGCUCUGCAGUGGUAAAGCAGGAAAGGGAGGAUGAGGAAGAAGAGAGAGAGAGUGAGGGAGGAAAGCAGGAGUGCUCACAGAAAAUGAAGAGUAAAGAGGAGGCGAGCAGUAAGAGAGAGGAGCAGACUGCAGUGCUCUUUGAUGACCUGAAGGGGGAGCCAGAGGCCCUAACUCAGCUGCACUUCAGCAGCACAGAUACAGAGGUCAGUGUGUUAAAAGACGUCCCCCUCUACAGUGACGUCAUGUUGCCCUCCACCAGUGAUCUGUUGUCCCUUUCACCCCUUUCACCCCCCACUGAAGCCCCCUGUGCCAUCCUAAACCAUUCCGACUCCACCACUGCCCAGCUCCAGUUGGAGGACUUCACCUUCCCGUCAUCAAACACCCCCAGCACUGCAGGGGGAGCCACUCGCAGCUCCACUCAGCCCAUUAGCUCAUUGACCUCUGAUCUCAGCAACCAGUGCAAAGUGGACGUAGUGGAGGAGAUGUUUUCCAUGGAAACGGAGCCAAAAACCCUCCUGGCCACACAGGCGGUGGAGGACUUGGAUCUGGAGAUGUUGGCUCCUUACAUCUCCAUGGAUGAUGAUUAUCAGCUCCACAGUCACUCUCCAAUGCAGUCUGGACGUGUUAGCCCAGUUCCAACAUCAAAAUCAGCUCAGAAAGAUUCACCAAACCAGACACAGAUGCUGAUCUGCAGCACUGGCACCAACACUAAACCCUCAGAGCAGCUCACAGCAGCACAGCCACAGCAGAGCUUCAGCAGGGCGUGUCAGCCAGACUUACAUCUCUCCUCCGCGACUCAGCCGAGCCAAAAGCCACUGAAGAGGAAAUUAGAAACAAUUUCUCUGUCUCAGGCCAUCGGGCUGGGCUCUGUGCUGCAGGUGGUCAGCGACUUACCUGGAGCAGGUAAAAGGGUCAGGAAGUCGGAGGUUGCAGGAUUGGAGGCUGUUUCACAGUCCACUGUGCCGGAGUCCGUCACUAUACUGCUGCUGCCCUCUGAUGUGUUAAACCAGUUGCUGGCUGGACCUUCUGAAGGCAGGACACUCCCUGUGCCUCUGCCCCAGCUGACCCGCUACGACUGCGAGGUCAACGCACCUGUAGCUGGACGUCAAAAUCUGCUGCAGGGGGAGGAGCUGCUGUUUGCCCUGGACCAAAGCAUUUAAACAGCCACACUGGACACACAGAAAGGGGUGUUACUCAUUAUACUUCCUGAUGUAGGCGGCCCGUCAAAGGUUUUUCGGCCUAAAUUUGAAUCUUCUCACUGGAACCUUUCAGUGAAGUAAGAAAACUUACAAGGUUUAGUUGGUCAUAAAGCGGUUCCGUGCUGAAGCGUACACUCCUGGGCAAAAAAAUGGGCCAAACCCAAAACAUAAUGGUUUUUGCUGAUGGUUUUGGCUGGUCAGGGUCCAGAUUUGAACCCUAUAGAAAAUAUUUAGUCUCAUAUUAAAGGCAAACUAGCCUGGAAAUGUUUUUCAGCUGUCUGAAGCCAUCAGUGCUGAGUGGAUCAAUACUGACUCUUCUUUUCUGUUUACACACAAAACUACAACAUUUAAAGAAAUCAACAUGAAAAAAAUCCAUACUAACCAACUUUAUCCAUUUAUUAAUGAUAUGUUAAGACCUAAGAGUUUAAUGUUUGCCAUUUAUUUGCACAGGAGUGUAUAUUAACCUACAUUCAGCUUUAUGAUCAUCCGAGCGUCCUCCUCGGUAUGAAGAGCAGGUUUUUGUCUGAAUAAUAAAUAAGGGUCAUUCUCCUUCUGGAGUGGGAAUUCAGGUGGAUACAUUUAUAAAAAAUCAAUUUCUUUCAACCCAAAACUAAAUAAUCUUAAUAUGUCCAUUAACAUCUCCUAUUAUCAUAUAUGCAGAAAGGAGCUCAGUUCCAAACAUAUUGUACAGUCACUGGUGUUGUAUGAAUAUGGUGUAAGACAUUCUGGUUAAAACUGAGGAUUCUGUAAAUUGGCUGACUCGUUGUUGGUCAGGUGACCUUGUGUAACAAUUUAAAAUCAGUAAUAAAAAUGAUAUAUUUGGCAUUAUUUUCACAGAAUUUUACUUACCCAGCCAUUAAAGCACAAAACACCAGUGACACAUAGAAGUUCUGAGCUGCCUGAUAAACAAAAUUAUUAAUAAAUUAAUGAAAUAUAGUCAGCGAGUGUGACUCGACUUCUCAGGCCUUGAGACGCUUCCUCUCUGAUGAGCCUCGACCCAAAGAAGCAGUUUAAUAGAGCUGAAAAUACUGGGUUAAAAUGUAAAAUAAGAGUCCUGAUAGAACCAGUGACCACAAUCUCUGUGACAAAUGCAUUUUUAAAAUAAAAAACAUGUUUUUAAAUGUAGCAUUUUGUAGCAUCUUAAAAUAUUGUUUUAUAUUAAAAAUGGUUUCCCAAAUGUUGAUGAUUGGUUUUGUGAGGAGCUGUUUUACAGAUGCAGAGCGACGAUGAAAUAGGAUAAAAAAGAAAAAAUCAGAGAAUCAUAAGGGAAAAGUGUUAUUUGAUCUUAGGGCAACUGUGUAAAUGUACAUACUGACUUUUGGAGCUGUGCAUCAUAUUUUAAGCAUCUUUUUAAGCCCUGAAACCUUUAUGACAUGGUUUCCCCUCCAAAGGGAGAAAGACCCAUAAUUAUUUGACAGUUUUGUUUUUCAAACUGUUGUUAAAAACUCAUGUUGAAGCUCUUUUGGUCCAAAUGUGGUUUAAACACCUGAAAUCUUUCAGUGCUGACAUCACAACAAGGGGAUAAAGUGGGCGUGGCCUUUGGCUUUAUUCCCAAGCUAGCACUGUCACUAAUAUUGGCACAAAUAUUUACACCUUUGAUAUUAUUUCCCUCUAAUUAUACCUGAUUAGGCUUUAAUGUGGUGACCGACAGUGAAAACAUCAUCAUUUGUGUGAAACAGUAUGAAAAACUAGUCCCCAAACUUUUGAUGGGCAGCGUAUUUCUUGAAAUAUCUUUCGUAUUUUCAGUGGACUGCUCCUUUAAAAGACCUGCCUGUUG